GUGACACUGAAGUAGAUAGAAGAUCUUCAGCAGAAAUCUAUUCAGCAACAAAGUCAAAAAAUGAACAGAGCAGCAGCUGUACUGACUGCCAUCCUGCUCCUGUGUGCUAUUGCUGCACAAGGCAUUCCAAUCCCAGGUAAUCAAGGACGGUGUCUGUGUCCCAAGACCAGCUCUGAUUUUAUUCAUCCAAGUGCUAUCAAGAAUUUACAAUACAUUCCCAAAGGACCACAUUGUGAGACACAGGAGAUAAUCAUCACCAAGAAAAACGAGCAGAAAGUUUGUGUGAACCCUGAUGCCAAGUGGGUGAAGGUUAUCAUUAAAUCCAGAAAAGCUUCCAGAAGACGUAACUAAGAAUUGAAGCUGCGAUGGGAUUCACUUGAUUGCCCCCCCCAACACGGAAGUUGCUGUACAAUGAAUACUGAAAUGAAGAAGCUCUGUGCAGAGCACUCCCUUUCUGAUAUAACUGUUCGAUAUGUCGUUCGAGCAGUUCCCCUGUAUCGAUCCUCUGAAACAUACUUCAUUGUUUAACCUACUUCCACUGUAAACUGUCUACACCGAGCCUAAGAAAUCCGGCUGCUGCUGUGAAAUGUUGUGCUGGAGAGCUUUUUACGGGAUGUGAUUUUGUACGAUUAUUCUGAAUGUGGUCUGGCACUGGAGCAGAUACUGUACAACAAAGCAAUUUGUUAACUUUCUCCAUUAGUAUUGGAAAAUAAUUUUCAAUCAGAAGGUAUAUGUGGUCAUGAAAAUAACAGACUUGUGAACUUAGGGAGGAAUCAAAAUGAAACGUCUAUUGGUUUUCAAAUAUUAUUGUUUGAAGUAAUGUAAUCAGUGCCAAAUUUUCAAUGAAUUGACUGUUAGAAAAUUAUUUCACUAGGUUUGUGCAUCAGUACCAAAGCCAACACUUAUCCCCCAUUCCUUUUAUGCAGAUGUGAAUGUGCUGGUAAGUGACUUUGUUGAACUGCUGCAGUCCUUGUUGCUGUGAGGAGAGGAGAGAUCUGAUGGCAAAAGGGAUGAUAGUACAAGGCAAAACAGACAGCAAUGGGGCAAGUGAAGGAAAAAGAGCUGUAUUGUGAGGAGGUGUAAAUGGGAAAAUACAGAACAGGGAACAAUUCACUAAUAUCCAAUGAGAAGGUGGAGGGGCAGGGCCUAUGAUCGGAAACUGUUUAUCAUAGUGUUGAUUCUGGAGGCUGUAAAGUUUUGAGAUAAUCUUUCUUGAACCGAUGCUGUGCUGUGUAGGAACAAUAUAGGAGAAUGAGGACAUAAUUUUCAGAGUGGGAAUAUGGAAAUCCUAUAGAUUGACAUUCUCAAAUUUGGCUUGUAACUUAGUUUGAAACAGUCUUUCUUUACUGUUGAAAGUCUGUGCAUUUCUCAUGAUUUUUACUGCAGUGUUUAUCAAUCAUUGACUUUUUUUAAGAGAACCUCUGGACUUUUUUUUUUAUAUAUCUAAGCUCCAAACCCGAAGUCUGGGCUCAGUCUGUACAGAAAUUUUGUUUGUGAAAUACUUACAUUUUGGAAGAUAUAUGCUCCUUUUCAUGUAAUGUUAACCAAAAGUAAUGGCAUUUCUAAAUAAAACUCAUUUCUGUGCAGUGACACUUUUGU